AUGUUUUUUUUUCUAGUUAAUAUUCCUGGUAAUGCUAAAUGGGCACAGAACGGAGUGACUAUUGCUGGAGGUAAUGGGAGAGGGGAUGACACUGAUCAACUCAGCAGCCCUUUUGGUCUCUUCGUUGAUGAUGAUCAAACAGUGGUUAUUACUGACUUCAGCAAUGGUCGUAUCAUGCAAUGGAAGAACGGUGAUACAACGAAUGGACAAGUUGUUGCUGGUGGUAAAGGCAAAGGAAAGAGAUUACGUCAAUUGGAAGCUCCAACUGAUGUAUUAAUUGACAAAGAGACGGAUAGUCUCAUUAUUUGUGAUCGAAACAAUCGACGAGUUGUACGAUGGUCUCGUCUUAGUGAUACAACACAAGAUGAAAUACUCCUCGAUAACAUGAAAUGUUGGGGAUUAGCAAUAGAUGACCAGAGAUAUCUCUACGUCUCUUAUAUCGGAAAACAUGAAGUAAGACGAUAUCAAUUGGGUAAGAAGAAUUACACUCUCGUAGCUGGUGGUAAUGGUAAAGGUAAUGGACUGAAUCAACUCAACGAGCCGCAUUAUCUCUUUGUCGAUCGACAACAGAAUGUAUACGUAUCAGACGUCUGCAAUCAUCGUGUAAUGAAAUGGAAUAAAGGUGCAACAGAAGGUAUUGUGGUUGCUGGAGGACAAGGCUACGGGAAUGCUCUGACACAAUUGUCUUUGCCUGAAGGAAUCUUCGUUGAUAAGUUGGAUACUCUCUAUGUAGCAGACUCGUCGAACAAUCGUGUAAUGCGUUGGGCUCAAGGAGCAAAACAAGGCACUGUAGUUGCGGGGGGAAAUGGUGAAGGAGCAGGAGCAAAUCAGUUCCAGUACCUCCGUGGUUUGUCUUUCGAUCGACAUGGUAAUCUCUAUGUCGCCGAUAUGAGUAAUAAUCGUGUUCAACGAUUUUCUAUCGAAUGA